AUUUUCUAUUGUUAUCCCUCUUAAAAUUUAUUGGGUUAUGUGCUGCUUUUGGCUUCCCCAAUAAAAUUUGACUUUAAUCUUAUUUGCUACCUCCACUCCCUUGUACUCUCUCUCCUCCCUAAUAUAAGAUAUUCCUAUAACCAUGCUUUGGUUGAGAUGAAACUCGAGACUUGUGUGAGAGGUUGGUUUAGUUGUUAGUUUUCUUUAAACUCAGACUAGCCUUAGACUUAGAACAGAUCCUUGAAAUGGGAAAACUAGGGAGAAUGUUGGAUACCUUCUGUCCUUCUUUUGGCUCAAACACCUGUUUCUGCAUGAACUCCAUGGAGUUUGAAGAUGAGUUUGAGCAAAAGCCUUUGAUUGUAAGUGCUACUGAUCAUAAACUGAGAUUGAAGGAUGUAGUAGAUGGAAAGCAGACAUUGGCUUUUCAGCUGAAACCCCAGAUAGUUACAUUGAGGGUGUCCAUGCAUUGCUAUGGAUGUGCAAAAAAAGUUGAGAAACAUAUCUCGAAGUUGGAAGGAGUGAGCUCGUAUAAGGUGGAUCUGGAAACAAAAAUAGUAGUGGUUAUGGGCGAUAUUCUUCCCUCUGAAGUGUUGCAGAGUGUGUCUAAGGUGAAAAAUGCUGAGCUUUGGUAUUCUCAAGGUAGCAAGCAAUAAUUUUGGAUACAAGAACCAUCUUCAUCAGAUUCAACCAAAAGAAGAUAUUGAAAUAGAAUUAAGCAGCUCUAAUUUUCUGUGUGUCUUUUUGGUGUUGUAUAUAUAAUAUAGUGUAUGCUGUUAAGACCUA